GGAGAUAACCCUCCUUAUCAAAAGUAUGAAACAAAUAUUCUAGAAGUAUCCUCCACCAGUGCAUAAGUUAAAAUGGAGGGCAAUGCAGAACAUCCUAUGAGAGUGGCAGAUAUUCCCAAAUUUUGGUUGGAGAAGACUAUGACAAAGCUUCAUGUGAAUGACCUGAACAAGAAUGGAAUAUGGGAUGCUGAAGACAUGAUGAUGGCUGCAGACAAUAUCAUAAGAAUAGGUAACCUCACUGGCGCAGCAGCUGAAAAGGUACGUAGAGGUAUGCAAACAAUAAGUGACACAGCCAGUCACUUUAAAACUGCAACUUCACUUGAGCAGUGGCUGGUCGAAGAGUACAAACUAGCCAAAGAUAUUCAACGCUCUACAUUUUGUGCCGACAUCUUUGCAACAUCUUUCUUCGAGAUAUUCAAUAUUGAUUCUGAUGGCUUUGUCUCGAUGGAUGCUUUUAUGACAUACUGGAGAGCCUACAAUUUGGACCCCGACUUUGCGUACACACAGUUUGCAUACAUGGAUACAAACAGAGAUGGAAAGAUCAGCAAGGC